AUGGUGAAAAAGGCCACAAGGGCUGUUGAAGCCGGAAUCAAAAAACCAAUCCCAGUGACUCUACUUUCGGGCUUUUUGGGUUCAGGUAAAACCACUCUUUUGGAACACAUUCUUACCAAGGAACAUGGUCUUAAGAUCGCCGUUAUCAUCAAUGAUAUGUCCCAAUUAAACAUUGAUGCUGAUUUGGUUCAAAAUCAUCGUGUUUCUCAGAAAGAGGAAAAAUUGGUUCAGCUCCAAAACGGAUGUAUUUGCUGUACUCUUAGAGGUGACCUUUUGGAGGAGUUGGUAUCUCUUGCAAAAGACAGUGCCUUCGAAUACAUCAUCAUCGAAUCGACCGGUAUUUCGGAGCCCAUGCAAGUAGCUGAAACUUUCACCACUGAAUUUACUAAUAUGUAUCUUGAAAACCAGGAAGGUGUCACCCCUGAGGAUGAAAAAAUAUUGAAAGAAAUUCAGGAGUUGGGUGGCCUCGAGAAGGUUGCUCAAUUAGACACCUGUGUCACUGUUAUCGAUGGAAAAAACUUUUAUCACAACUUGGAAACUACUGAAUUUCUUGUGGACCGUUUCGGCUCGACUGGUCAAAACGAGGAAGAGAGAACUAUCUGCGACCUCAUGGUUGACCAAAUUGAGUUUGCUGAUGUCAUCAUUGUUAAUAAAAUGGACUUGGUCAGCAAAAAGCAGAAGAAGAAAAUCUUCAAGACCAUCAAGUCUCUCAAUCCAGUUGCCAAGGUGAUCAGGACCAACUACAGCCGUGUCGAUGUCAAUGACGUUGUUGGUACUGGGUUGUUUGACUUCGAGAAAGCUUCUUCUUCUGCUGGUUGGUUGCAGAGUCUUCACGAAAUGACUAGAAGAGAAGCCUACGGCAACAAAUUGACCCCUAAGCCUGAAACUGAAGAAUACGGUAUCAACAACUUCGUUUACAAGUCCAGAAGGCCAUUCCAUCCAGAGAGACUUUACAAGCUUAUCAGAGACAAGUUCGUUGUGAUUGAACUGUCUGGUCUUGCCGAAGAAGGUCAGGAAGGUCAAGAAGCUGAAAACGAAGAGGAGAGUGAGGAUGAAGCUGACGAGGAUGAAGAUGACGAGGAUGAGGGUGAAGACAUAGACAGUGAAGAUGACGAAGAAGACUACGUUGAUCCCUCCGAAGAACAGAUUAUCAAAAAUAAGAAGAACUCCAAGUUCGGUCCCGUGUUGCGUUCUAAAGGGUUCUUUUGGCUUGCAUCUCGUCACAUCAUUCGUGGUGAAUGGUCUUCCGCUGGUCCCAUGCUCACUAUGCGUGGAGGCAUUCCUUGGUUUGCUGUUGCUGGUAAGGAGUUCUACCCACCAGAAGCUCAGGCUCUCAUUGACAGAGACAUGCAAGGUAAGUACGGUGAUCGCAGAAAUGAGAUCGUAUUUAUCGGUUUGAGUAUAGACAAGGACGCCAUAUCUGCAGAGCUCGACAAGUGUUUGCUUGAUGAUGAGGAGUACAAGGUGUACGAGAAAAUAACCAAAGAAAAGAAUCUUUUCAAAGUUGAAAAGGCUUUGCAGCAGGAGUUCGUUGAUGGCUUCGAGCUGUGGAUUGCAUUUGACGAGCCUGAUGCUGCUGAAGAAGAACCCAAGGUGGCAGCUCCAGAGAUUCACAAUGGUCACGUUCACAAGCCCAAGGCUGUCUCAAGUAAGAGUUAA